AUGAGCAUCGGGGGACAACACUAUCGACACACUAUCGAGCGAAGCGAGAUAGUGGAGCACAUUGACUACUCCAACUCUGACUACACCAACACCGACUACUCCAACUCUGACUACUCCAACUCUGACUACUCCAACUCUGACUACUCCAACUCUGACUACUCCAACUCUGACUACUCCAACUCUGACUACUCCAACUCUGACUACUCCAACACCGACUAUACCAACUCUGACUACUCCAACACCGACUAUACCAACUCUGACUACUCCAACACCGACUAUACCAACUCUGACUACUCCAACACCGACUAUACCAACUCUGACUACUCCAACACCGACUAUACCAACUCUGACUACUCCAACACCGACUACACCUGA